UCGAUCGGAUAUUUAUGGGUGAAAAAGUUGUAUAAUUUGUGAAAUUGAGAGACGUCGCGUGACAAAGCGUGCUUUCUAAUCGUAUUAUUCGGGCGAUACAUCUAAUGCUUAAUGUAAAAAUACCGCGCUCCGUUGACCUUGUCUCGCAGAUACAUAGGUAUAGGUAAACACUGUCGUAACUUUGUUCGCAAGUGGUUGCGCAGUCGGAGGCCGCAACGUGUUAUUACGGAAACGGUUUCUGCCUUUCUUUAAUCGGAGACUGGCCUCGGUACUAAAUAAUACCGGCUCGGAAAUAAUGGCGCCGAAAAUGGCUCGGCCAAGACGGUCCAUUUGCGGCCUUUUUUCGCGGCUCCUGUUUUGCGCCAAAGGGGAUAAGUACGAGCCUAAUCUGGAGCUCGCUCUGGAGGAAAGAGUGGAGGAACUGCGACAUCGGCUGCGAAUCGAAGCAGCGGUCGUGGAGGGAGCCAAGAAUGUGAUUCGUCUUCUCCAAAGUGCCAAAGUUGCCGAUAAGAAGGCCUUAACCGAGAAUUUUAAUGGGAUGCGGAUUUUAAUGGAACGUUGCGGGGCGCGAUUCAGAUUGUGCCAGAAUAGAAGGAGAUUCGGAUUAUUAACCCUUUGAAUACGGAGCCAUAUCGACAUAUGGGCGAAAUUCGUCUGACCGUGCAG